GUUCUGCUGAUCCCUGAGGCGGGCUGGGCUGUGAUGCCACAAAGGGGCUGAGCGCUGGCGUCAGGCAGGGCUGUGAUGACGUCCCAGGGCUGUGCUGGCCGCAGCACUGUGACAUCACCGGGCCGGCGCUAUAUAAGACGGGCCAGCGCCCGCAGCUGCCAGUGCAGUCGCGAUGGGACGUGCCGGAGCCAUGGGUGACGGUGGAGUCCUGAUGACUGCGCUUGUCCUGCUGCUGGCCGCUGUGGCUGUCUGGUGGGCCUUUGGCCACUGGCGACCACGGAGCUGGCGGAGAGCGGCAGCGAAGAGGACAGCGAAGAGGAGCAAGCGCCCCGGGUUCCGGCCCAGAGGCUCACGGAGGACGCGAGGAGCCCUUGCGGCUCCCAGGUUCCCCAGGCCUCGCGCGACUCCUCGCAAGCGGCCAGGUGCUCCCGCGAGCCCCCUGGGCAGCCCCUGCAGCUGCGGCCCCUGCGUGGCAGUGGCCCAGGAGCUGCAGGAACUGAUGCUGCUGCUCUGGGAUGGCAACGGGACACGGGCGCCGCUCUACUCUGGGAUGUGGCAGGCGUUGUGGAAAGAACUGGAGGAGCUGCUGCAGCGAGGCCACCUGCCCUGCUGUGGCUUGUCCAGCUCCUCCAGAAGCCUCCAUCCCUUCAAGAGGCUGCUCCCAGCAAGAUUCUCCAUCCCUGGGAGAGCCUCAAGGCCUGCAAGGAUGGCACAGCAGGGGGGAGCCGCCAUCCAUGCAGGAACCUCAGGCUGUCAGAGCCCCUGCAUCCUGCCAGGAGCCUCUGCAAUCUCUGACAGCCUCCAUCCCUCGCAGAGGCUCAGUGAGACCUGUCAGCCUGCAGAAGGUGCAGAGCCCACGGACAGGUCUCCCAGCUCCCUUGGACUCACGGACUUCAACAACACGGGCUCAAUCCUGACCAUUGACGUGGCAGGGGAAAGCCCAGAAGUCCAAAUGGGAGCCCAGCCCGAUGCAGGGGAGCCGUCUCAGGAGCAGCUGGUGGAGCAGCAAGCGUCCUGGAGCCGGCAGUGGUCAUCCCACAGCGGCCAGGAGGCUGUGCCGGUUGUGCCAGCUGGCGACGGCCCGAGCCUGGUGGUGGAGAUGAGCCUCCAGACACCAAGGAGGUUCCUCCAUCUCCAGGAAGCUGCCCCAAGAGAGCCCUCGACUGCCAGGAAGGGCUUUCUAAUAGCAGCUGCUCCUGGGACGCCCCUAUGCGAAGCCUCGGGCUGUAGCCCCGGCCCUCGUCAAGAGCAGAGUCCAGCCCACGACGCCGGGGACAGCGACGGUGCCGCCCUGCCCCGCUGCACUGGGGCUCCUGCAGCCGCCUGUGCGUGCGGCCCUGGCCCAGCUCUGCCGCUCGCCGGCCCGUCGGCCGCCGGGCGGCGGCCACUGCCCGGCGCGCAGCAGGAAGCAGGUGAGAGCAAGGUGGCCCGGAGUGGCCAGGCCCGCUUCCCUGGCGGGCGCUUGUGGGGGGUUCCUGGGCGCAAGGCUGAUGGCUCGCUCUUGGCCGCAGGGCAAAAGAAGCAGCUGCAGGAGCUGUACCAGCUGGGCCCGCAGCUGGGCAGCGGCGGCUUCGGCACCGUUUUCUCGGGCAUCCGCCUCUCCGAUGGGAGCCCGGUGGCCAUCAAACGUGUGGCCCGGGAGAGCGUCCUGCAGUGGGUCGAGCUGCCCGACGGCACCUGCGUGCCCAUGGAGAUUGUGCUCAUGGAGAAGGUGGGCUCUGACUGCCACAACAUCAUCCAGCUCCUCGACUGGUUUGAGCUGCCUGACAGCUUUGUGCUGGUGAUGGAGCGUCCGGAGGCAUCGCAGGAUCUCCUGCAGUUCCUGCAGGAGCACGAGUUCCUGUGCGAGGGGAUGGCGCGCUGGCUUUUCUACCAGGUGCUGGAGGCCGUGCGGCACUGCACCGCCUGCGGCGUCCUGCACCGGGACAUCAAGCCGGAGAACCUCCUCGUGGCCCCGGAGAGUGGCGACCUGAAGCUCAUCGACUUCGGUUGCGGCACCUUCCUCCAGGAGCAGGCCUUCACGCGGUUUGCCGGUGAGCCCAUGGCCUGGGCCCUGCUCCCGGUGCCAGGCACUGCACGGCCCCGUUCCCUCCUGGGCCGCGGGCUGCGACCUUCAGCCGGCUGCCCUUUGGCACGGGGCAGAUGCCGUGCCCCAGGAGCCGGCUGCCGGCCCUGCCGACAGAGGGGGGCGGCAAAAGCCAGCUCCCGGCCCCUGGGCUCAGCAGGCCCACAAGGGCCUGGGCUGCUCCGCUGGCCUUCUUUGCCUUGCAGAAUGGCUUCUUGCCUUUGGCCAGCUGGCUGGGGGACGCGGGGUGGCCUUGGGGGGGAAGCUGUGGCUGCGGCUGCAGCCCCUGCCUCAGCCAGGAGGCUGGCGCCAGGCUCUGGAAGGCAGCAGCCUGCGCCUAGACAGCGCCGCCUGUCUCCCCUAGGAACGCACGCGUACAGCCCGCCCGAGUGGAUCUGCCUUGGCUGCUACCACGGCCAUGGGGCGACCGUCUGGUCCCUGGGCGUGCUGCUGUACGUCAUGGUCUGCGGGAGCCUCCCCUUCAGGGACGACCAUGACAUCGUGCUGGGGCAGCUCUUCUUCUGGCAGCAGGUCUCUCCAGGUUGGUACCCGGCCUCAAGAAGGCGGGCUUUGGCAGAGGGCGGCGCGCAGCCCGGCGCGGCCCUCACGCAGCUCCGCGGGACGUCGUUCUGCCCUCAAGGGCCGGCCGCAGGAGGCGGCCCGUGCCGAGGGGGUCAGCGCGGCACGGGCGGCCGAAGGAGGCGGCCGUGUCCCGCCGUGCCGCUCUCCCGCGCGGGGCAGAGUCGGUCGGGAGGCCGGCGCAGCCCUGAGCACACGCGGCGCGGCCCGGGCCCUGCAGGCGACGGGGGCAGCUGGGCAGGAGACUUCUGCCAGUGACCGGCGCUUUCUGGCUUCUCUCCCCAGAGUGCCAACAUCUGAUCCAGUGGUGUUUGGCCAAGCACCCU